UUGCUUCAGGAGGUCUUCUCUCUUACAAAUCGUCUUCUUGAAACGUCCACCCUGAACGAACUCAUUUGCCCACUGUUGGACUCUACAACAACUCUAGCAGAAGCGACUCGUUACGCUAUUCCAGAGCAGCUCGAUAUUCUCAUGGGGGUAGUGUCGGGAUGUCAUGGCGAUAACUUCCCGCACAACUACACAAGUAUUGCGCGGUGUGCAAAACAUUCACAUGUAUGGAGAGAAGAUCAUUUGAAGAAGCUACACCAGUUGAAAUCAAGAGUAUCAUCGAAAUCCGAAAACGUACCAACAGUAUUUGGAUGUGCUCGUUGGAUUAACGAAGAGAGCACGUCCGGGAUUGAUUGGGAUUGUAAUUGUAUGCUCUAUCGGACCCUCGGACGCUUUCUGUGUUGCAGUGAAGUAGCACCAGAGCAAGUUCUUUCAGUACUGGACAACAUACUAAAAGUUCCCAUAAAACAUGCCAACAUAACUCAGUUGAUAGAGUUUUGUUGCCAAAUAGCAAGUCGUCUACCGUUCGUGGUGGCCAAGCUACAUCAUUGGGCGAGAAGUGUCGUCGCGAAUGAGAGUCGCCUCUCUAGCACUGCUUUGGCGUAUCUGCUGCUGGCACCAUCCGUUCGGCUGCCGGAUGAUCUAGACACGCUUAUGAAUGGAACCGAUCUUGACAGAUAUGUUGUCGCUCGAGUUGCUUUCCGAAAUGGUCAUUGGAAAAAAGCGGCAUUGCCAAAUCUGGAAGCUAUUUGUACCGAUAGGCUUUCACUCGAAAACUGUGAAUGGAUUGAAGCCCUGCAAAAUCUGCUGCCAGCCAGCUCAGCGAAUUUUCCGGUGCACUCCAUUCUGAAAUCUUUGGCGCAAAGUUCUCAGCAUGAUGCAGCUCUGUCAUUUCCGAGCGAUUGGGUUGCUUGUCUCCUGUAUUCGUCAGAUGCCGCGUUACAAAUUGCUAGUGCAAUCAGUCCAACGUUAAAUUGGUGCCAACAUCCUCUUUCAGCGGCUGUGGUCUUCCGUCUAAUAGCGUGUGACUUUGGAAUAUCCCGCGCGUGUCAAGCAUGGCUUCGUUUGGCACGAUCAUCGUUUGGCGCAGAUGAAGAAUCCAUUGACUUCCUUGCUCUGCAGCAUAAGCAAUGUGCUCUUGUGCAGUACGCACUGCAUUGCAUCACUGGACGACAAGCAUCAGUAGUGCCUUUACCGACGUCGUCAGGUAACUCUACCCACACACAAUUGCUACUGGAACAACUGCAAAUUGCAUCGAGUCAAAUCGCACAGCUAGCUGCCAGUGAUGAAGGAAUAACCAUGCAGUCCCUGAAACACUUUGUCGAGAUGCUUCAAAAUCUGUACACCUAUCCAGUUUAUAUGCCGCGAUUCUUCUUCCAACAGAUGUACUCUACAAAUAUCCAGAUGUCUGUGUCGAUCCAUUCCCAAAUCAAAGACAGCAUUACGGUGUCGAUAACGGAUACGGUACCGAUACAGGUGGAUGGUGUAAUUUCACGACACAUACUGUACCAGUGCACUCAUUGA